AUGACGUGGGUCGCCAUGACGGCGGCUGCGAUUGUGCUCGUGGGCCUCGCCCAGUUGGCGGCAAGUUGCGGAACAGGCCAAGUUGUUUUCGAUGAGAUUGUCGACUGGGACAACACGACAGUGGCCUACCCCACGGCAUCCCGUUCUGGCACCUCUGUUGCACUCAUUGGGGAUGUUGAUGGAGAUGGUACCGGUGAUGCCGCCUUUGGCUCACCGCUGGCUGACCUCUCGGACGGUUCGGUCACCAUUGUCAUGCUCAACCAAGACGGCUCGGCCAACUCGACGUCUGUUCUUUCAAAAGCCACUUCCGCCCUGACAACCAUGCUCUCGACUCAGGCUGGCCAGUUUGGCACAUCCGUGGGCGGAGCCGGCGAUCUCAACGGCGACUCGGUCCCUGAUUUGCUUGUGGGUGCUCCGGUCCUUGGUGCGACGGGCAAGGUCAUCAUCAUCUUCCUCACCACCGACGCUGGUGUCUCAUCGGUGACCACCAUCGAGAACGGGGUCGGGCUGGGACUCACUACGCUUGUGGCCGGCGAGCUGUUCGGCUCGGGCCUGGCUACUAUCAAGGGCGUGAGUACUAUCAACUACGCAACGCACGCGCUUGUGGGCAUCGGGCUGGCCUCGGGCCAGGAUCGGAUUACGACGCAGAUCUAUGGCUCGAUUCUCAUUGCCACGCUCUCGCGCGUCGACGGCUCGGUCACUGCCUUUACGCUUUUUGACCAUUCGCAAUCGGGUAUGGCACCGGUGACGCUUGGCUCGGGCUUUGGCUCUGCCAUAGCCGCCGGCGAUGUGCGCGGGACGGGCUCGCCGCUCCUUGCGGUCGGUGCGCCGUUGUACGACUCGGCGCGCGGACGGGUUUUCCUCGUCGACAUGGACUGGACGCUUAUGGCUAUCACAGGUAUGACCAUUGUCGAAGAAGGCGCCCUAGGCUGGACGCCUACGCCUGCUCUUGGCUCGCUCUCACAGAUCGGGACCGGCGUGAUGCUCGCGGACAUCAAUGCUGACGGAUGCGUCGAUCUUGCGCUUGGAGCACCCGGCGCCGAAGAGAUCGGGCCCAACUACGGCAUGCUCGCGGUCCUUCUCCUCAACAGUGGCCCGUCGUCAAUUGCUGUCGAAGCCUUUACCCGCAUCUCGUACUCGGCCAACCCCGCGCUCCAGUCGGCCGUGACAUCAACGGUGCGGGAUGUCCGGAUAUGA